ACCACUUCCGGUGCAGGGGGAAGACUUUUGAAGGUGCACACGCGCCGGCGGAAGGACGACGUUUUCCAGACGGAUCGUCCUGGCUUUAUUGAGAGAAUAUAUUCAUUCUCAGGCGGGAUAGCGAGUUUUUUUUUAACGACUUUACACGAAUGAGUGCGGUGGAUUCAUCCCACGAAGGCAACUUUAAUUGACGGCGGACUCUGAAGCGCGUUGGUGAGGUCACACACGGGAAGGCGUGGCUGUCAUUCUCCGUUCUAAUCCAUCCCAAAGGUGUUCUGUUGGGCUCGGGUCAGGACUCUGUGCAGGUACCCCGGAGGACAGCCGGGUUGCCAUGGUGAUACUGAUCGAGAUGCAGCGGCUGGACCUGGGGCUAAGCGGCGGGACUCCAAUGACGGGUGACUCGGCGGACACCGGUUUGGGGGCUCGGGCCUCGCCACUGGUGGGGUAUUUGGGAAAAGUUCAGGAGAGAGCGGCGUCUCUCGACACGUGUCCAUGGUGCGCCUCCAGGGGCCUGAGCUCCCCUCUGCGCUCGUACCGCGUCAACCUGCACGAGUCCAUCACCCUGUGCACCGACCCUCAGUGCCUCUUCCCGCUGGUCAGUCGGCCCCUAGAGGACAUUUUGGCCAGCUUGGUUCCAGCAGCUCAAAGCAGAAAGAGGGCGGCCACGGCCCUCGAAGAAGAAAGGGAGGAGGAGGAGGUCAAAGCCAAGCAUCUGCGCUCUGACCCGCCUCCCGCGGCAGACGUCAACAACGCAGAGAGCGGCGCUCUAAAUUGCCGCCAUGAGGCUCAAAGCGAGGCGGAGAAUCAACCCUGCUCGGAUUCCCCAUUGGGGCUAGACUGUGGUGUUCUAGAGAGUUCUGAUUCUACAAGUGGGUCCAUGCAGGUUCUGUUGGGGGAAGAAGCAGCCUCUCUUCUCGCCCAAGAAGUGGACACACACCCUUCACAGAGCCCCCCGGCAGCAGAGACGCAGCAGGGCGCCAGGUCCCAAGGCGAGGCGGCGGACCUUGUUUCCGUCCCCGAGCAUCUCUUCUGGAGGAACGCUCACAACCUGUGCUGGCUGGACGUCCUGCUGGUGGUUCUGGUCCACUGCCGCGGCCUGAGGAGGUGGAAAGUCCCGCAGGAGCCUCAGCGGGCGGCCGUCUGGCACCUGCUGAGCCGCUACGACGACGCCUGCGCCGCUCUCCGUGCUCGCCAGCAGACAGGAAGUGAUGGCAGCGCGAUGGUGCCGCGUGACGCCCUACAACACGCCGACGAGCGCCUGCGUCGCCUGAGAGCCUCCAUUUUUGAUUCCCUGCAGUCUAAGUUGCACUGCAGACUUGGUGAGGGAGUGGACUCUCAUGGUCAGAUGGAGAGUCCCGUCUUCGCCCUGCCGCUGUUGCUGGCCAGCGACUCGUGGGCGGAGCCUCUUUUCCAGACCACCUUCCACUGGGAGUUGGAGUGUGCCCAAUGCCAGACCGUCACAAGACAAAAAGUCACGAAGACGCUCGCCACCUUCACCAACAUCCUGCCCGACUGGCACCCGCUCCACGCCAGCCACUUGGCGCCGUGCAACGUGUGCCAGGCCAAGAACCAGAGGCGGAGCAUGAGGCUGGAGAGUUUGUCUGCGGUGUUGGCGCUGCACUUUGUGGAGGGUCUGGCCCACAGCGACGUCACCCAGCUGGCCUUCACCUUCAAGGGGCGGAGCCACGCGGUCACCGCGCUGGUGCAGUACGACCAGCACGCCAAGCACUUUGUCUCCUGGACGCGCAGGCCUGACGGUUCCUGGCUGGAGUCGGACGACCUGAAGCAUCCGCACUGCGGCGUUCACCCCGCGCUCCGUGUUCCCGCUCAGGAGAUCCACAUGGUCUUCUGGGAGGCGGCGGUGGACCACCCGGAGCCCGCCCCCUGUUCCCCGUCCAGCACGUCGCUGAUGUCCCCGCCCCCUGACCAGGUUUCGGACGUGGUGGAGCUGGCCAUGGACUCCACCACGCUGCUGGACACCUGUGAGGGUCAGUGCGAGGAUGAGAUCACGCUCAUGCUGACGAAGGUCAACGAGGAUCCGGGGACCGAUCCUCUAGCUGUGGAGCCGGCGCCAGAUAGCUCCUCCCUCUUAUCGGAGGAAGCAGCGCCUCAGAGCGUGGCCGCCGCUCAACCUUCUCCCGAGAAAGCCCCCAAACGAAGCCGGCGAGUCCUCAAACAGGAAGUUCUUGUAUCCCCACCCUCACAGGAAGUGAACGCCGCCACUACACCGGAGCAGAGGGCGUCGCCGGUCUGGUCCAGCGAGAACAGGACGCCAUCUUGGCGGCAGGAUCCUCGCUCGUCGCUGCUGUCCCCGCCCCCUGACCAGGUGUCGGACGUGGUGGAGCUGGCCAUGGGCUCCACCACGCUGCUGGACACCUGCGAGGAUGAGAUCACGCUCACACUGACUGAGGUCAACGAGGAUCCGGAGACCGAUCCUCCAGCUGUGGAGCCGGCGCCAGAUAGCUCCUCCCUCUUAUCGGAGGAAGCGGCGCCUCAGAGCGCGGCCGCCGCUCAACCUUCUCCUGAGAAAGCCCCUAAAAGAAGCCGGAGAGUCCUCAAACAGGAAGUUCCUGUAUCCCCACCCUCACAGGAAGUGAACGCCGCCACUACACCGGAGCAGAGGGCGUCGCCAGUCUGGUCCAGCGAGAGCAGGGCGCCAUCUUGGCGGCAGGAUCCUCGCUCCUCGCUGCUGUCCCCGCCCCCUGACCAGGUGUCGGACAUGGUGGAGCUAGCCAUGGGCUCCACCACGCUGCUGGACACCUGCGAGGAUGAGAUCACGCUCACGCUGACGGAGGUCAACGAGGAUCCGGAGACCGAUCCUCCAGCUGUGGACCCGGCGCCAGAUAGCUCCUCCCUCUUAUCGGAGGAAGCGGCGCCUCAGAGCGCGGCCGCCGCUCAACCUUCUCCUGAGAAAGCCCCUAAAAGAAGCCGGAGAGUCCUCAAACAGGAAGUUUCUGUAUCCCCACCCUCACAGGAAGUGAACGCCGCCACUACACCGGAGCAGAGGGCGUCGCCAGUCUGGUCCAGCGAGAGCAGGGCGCCAUCUUGGCGGCAGGAUCCUCGCUCCUCGCUGCUGUCCCCGCCCCCUGACCAGGUAUCGGACAUGGUGGAGCUAGCCAUGGGCUCCACCACGCUGCUGGACACCUGCGAGGAUGAGAUCACGCUCACGCUGACGGAGGUCAACGAGGAUCCGGAGACCGAUCCUCCAGCUGUGGACCCGGCGCCAGAUAGCUCCUCCCUCUUAUCGGAGGAAGCGGCGCCUAAGAGCGUGGCCGCCGCUCAACCUUCUCCUGAGAAAGCCCCCAAAAGAAGCCGGAGAAUCCUCAAACAGGAAGUUCCUGUAUCCCCACCCUCACAGGAAGUGAACGCCGCCCCUGCACCGGAGCAGAGGGCGUCUUGGCGGCAGGAUCCUCGCUGCUCCUACCUGCUCAGCAAACACUUCAACCCGACCACUCGCCUCCAACACAGGCCUCAGGCUCCGCCCCCUGUCCAGAAAUUGCCGCUGUGCACCCAGGACAGCGGCGACCUCCUGUUGAAGGCCGCCGAGAGGUUCAGUGCGUUCGGGAUGCACGCUCAAGCUCAAGCUCCGCCCCUCCCGCCCGCGCCGAGCCUUCACAAAGACCACCAGAAGUUUCCCGUGGACACGGAGACGCUGCGCUACCUACUCUGCAAGAAGCUGAAGGCCAAGAAGAAGAAGCUGGCCAAGCUCGACCGGGCGCUGAGUCGCCAGGGCGCCGCCCGGCUCCUGCCCGACAGCACCCGCCUCUGCUCGCCCGGCGCCGGCGCCGUCACCUCCAGCACCUACGACGACAACAGCCUCCUCUCCGAGCUGCUCUCGCCGCACAACCUGUCGCCCGACAGCUCGGGCUUCCUCCCCGCGCUCGCCGGACCCCACGACGGCGGCGGGGAGCCCGCAGACGUGGCUUCUCACCAAGAAAACUUCCUGGACGACUUCCUGGCGUCGUCCGCCCAACCGACGCCCCUGGAGGCGGAGGUGCUGCACGACCUGGAGCUCUUCUGGUGACAAGGGUAGCCUAGCAACCACACCCUGCUCGCUCAUUGGACGGUGCUUUUGUUGUGAGCAAAGUGCUACCUGUGGCACAAUUGUUAGCAUUUAAUAUUAGCAUGCUAGCUUUUUCACCCAUUUUGCACUUCCGCGUCAAAUAUUUUGUUACUUGACGAAUGACACCUGUUAGCAUGCUAACGUUAGUGUUUCCAGCUAAUUUUGUAGGGUGGCACCUCAGUCCUAUUUUGGUGCUAAUGUUAGCGCGCUAGCAUUAAUUUUGGAGGGUUACACCUCAGUCUUAUUUUAGUGUUAACGUUAGCACGCUAACAUUAGUGUUUUAGCUAAUUUCCUCUUGUCUUAUUUUGGUGUUAAUUUUAGCACGCUAACGUUAGUGUUUUCAGCUAAUUCUGUAAGGUGACACCUCAGUCCUAUUCUAGUGUUAAUGUUAGCAUGCUAACAUUAGUGUUUCCAGCUAAUUUUGUUGGGUUGCACCUCACUCCUAUUUUGGUGCUAAUGUUAGCGCGCUAACAUUAAUUUUGUAGGGUUACACCUCAGUCCUAUUUUAGUGUUCAUGUUAGCAUGUUAACAUUAGUGUUUUCAGCUAAUUUCCUCUGUCCUAUUUUGGUGUUAAUGUUAGCACGCUAACGUUAGUGUUUUCAGCUAAUUCUGUAAGGUGACACCUCAGUCCUAUACUAGUGUUUAUGUUAGCAUGCUUACAUUAGUGUUUCCAGCUAAUUUUGUUGGGUUGCACCUCACUCCUAUUUUGGUGCUAAUGUUAGCGCGCUAACAUUAAUUUUGUAGGGUAACAGCUCAGUCCUAUUUUAUUGUUAAUGUUAGCACGUUAACAUUAGUAUUUUCGGCUAAUUUCCUCUGUCCUAUUUUGGUGUUACUGUUAGCACGCUAAUGUUAGUGUGUCCAGCUAAUUUUGUAGAGUGACACCUCAGUCCUAUUUUAGUGUUAAUGUUAGCAGGCUAAUGUUAGUAUUUCCAGCGAAUUUUGUAGGGUUGCACCUCAGUCCUAUUUUGGUGCUAACGUUAGCACGCUAAUGUUAGUGUCUCCAGCUAAUUUUGUAGGGUGACACCUCAGUCCUAUUUUGGUGCUAAUGUUAGCACGCUAACAUUAGUAUUUUCGGCUAAUUUCCUCUGCCGUUUUUUGGUGUUAAUGUUAGCACGCUAACAUUAGUGUUUCCAGCUAACUUUGUAGGGUGACACUUCUAUUUUGGUGUCAAUGUUAGCAGGCUAGCAUUUUCAACAAGUUUAUCAAAGUAAUAUAUUUUGGCACUUGACGCACAUCAGUUAGCAUUUUAGGGUUUGUAACUAAUUUAGCAAGUCUAUGUUUUGGUACGUCGCUAAUGCUAACUUUAAGCACGCUUUUGUUAGCACAGUGCUGCAGUUGUUAAUAUGUUAGCGUAGUACCGUUGGCGUUCUAGCUUCUUUCGCUCAUAUUUUUGUUACCAGACGCUAUCUGGCCAGCGUGCGAACUGUUAGUAUUUCAGUUUAGUUUUUUCGGCACUCGCAGACUGUUUCGACUGAAAUUUGUAGUUCUCUGGGGGAAAAAUAAAGUAUGUUUUGCAGGUUUUGAACCAAAAUGGCCCUCAGUUGUAAAAAUUUGGGCUAGCUCCACUUAAGUUGACAGGAAGUUGGGUUGCGUACUUCCUUUUUUUGUAGAGGUGCACAACAUUUUCUUAUUUACUCGAAAAUGUCACCAGCCAAUUUUGUUUUUGCACUUAACUUACUGGAAAUCUAGGCGCCGUCAUCUAGGCAGGUCUAAAGGUUAUGCUAACAGUGCUAACAAUGCUAACUGACUCGUAAUGAAAGCACGCUUCUCCACUCACCUUGCAAACAACCGGAGUACAUUUUGAUUGACAAGGAAUAAAAGUUGUGCUACUGGGAGCGACGCUCCAUAACGUAACUACAUUUUGCAGUUGUGGUAGCGUCGCUCAUAGUUUUUCAACCAGCAGUGUUGUUGUUGGAGAAGAAACUUUAAGUUGUCAACUUUGUACUUUCUUCCUCAACGUGUAAAUAGAUGCUGCUUUUACAUAGGGGUGGGCCAAAGAAAAGGCAAGCUAAAAGAAAUACAAAGAGCGGGGUGCUAAAUGACAUUUAGAAGUAAUGGACCCUUUUGGGUCCUUGACUUUAAAAUAUACUUCCAGUGAUAAAGUACUUUAUCUUCAUUCAGACAGAAAAAAAUACACAUACUUUAAUAUGAUCUAAUAAUGCAAAAAUAUAUUUUUAAACAAUAAAAAUACAUCAUUUAAUAUCUGUUGGACUUAUUUCAACCAUGUAAUAGUACUUUGUAAAAAAUAAAAAAUAAAUUCCACCUAUUUCACCAAAAUUUUACCGUUUAUUUACAGUAAUAUAUUGUGAAAACAGCUUAAAAAAAAAACUAGCAUACAAACAUGAACAUGCUGAGAUGCAUACCUGCUAACUUAACUAAAAACACCUUUUACGAUUAAAAACUAAACAAAAAUGGCAGCUCAGUCGCCAGAUUUUUACCCCCCCAAAAACUAUUAUUGUUUUUCCUUUACAGUACUAUACUGGAAAAACAACUGGAAAAAAAACAAAACUAGCAUACAAACAUGAACAUGCUGAGAUGCAUACCUGCUAACUUAACUAAAAACACCUUUUAUGUUAAACAACAAAAAUGGCCGGAUUUUACCCCCGAAAAAAUAGUACUGCCGUUUUUAAUUUUUAGUAAUAUACUGUAAAAAACACACACCCAAAAAAACUAGCAUACAAACGUGAAAAUGCUGAGAUGCAUACCUGCUAACUUAACUAAAAACACCUUUUACGAUAAAAACUAAACAAAAAUGGCAGCUCAGCUGCCAGAAUUUUACCUCCAAAAAACUAGUUUUUUCUAUACUGUAAUAUACUGUUAAAACAGCUAAAAAUCUAAACUAGCAUACAAACAUGAACAUGCUGAGAUGCAUACCUGCUAACUUAACUAAAAACACCUUUUACGUUAAACAACAAAAAUGGACGGAUUUUAUCCCCCCAAAAAUAGUACCGUUUUAAAUUUUUAGUAAUAUACUGUAAAAAACACACACCAAAAAAAACUAGCAUACAAACGUGAACAUGCUGAGAUGCAUACCUGCUAACUUAACUAAAAACACAUAUUACGAUAAAAACUAAACAAAAAUGGCAGCUCAGCUGCCAGAAUUUUACCUCCAAAAAACAAGUUUUUUCUAUCCAAUAAUAUACUGUAAAAACAGCUAAAAAACCAAACUAGCAUACAAACAUGAACAUGCUGAGAUGCAUACCUGCUAACUUAACUAAAAACACAUUUUAUGGUAAAAACAACAAACAAAAAUGGCAGCUCAGUCACAAAAAUUUUACCGUUAAAAAAAAACAGUUGUACUGUUUUUCCUUUACAGUAAUGUACUGUAAAAACAGCUCAAAGAAAACUAGCACACAAACGUGAACAGGCUGAGAUGCAUACCUGCUAACUUAAUUAAAAACACCUUUUUAUGGUAAAAACAACAAAAAUGGCAGAAUUUUACCCCCAAAAAACUAGUUUUUUCUAUACAAUAAUAUACUGUAAAAAAAAAAAAAGUAGCAAACAAACAUGAACAUGAAAAAAGGUAUCAUUCAUCAAGUAACAAAAUAUUUCACAUAGCUGCUGACUUAACUACAAACUCAUUUUACAGUAAAAAAAAGGCAGCUCAGUCGCCAGAAUUUUACUGCAAAAUGUUGUUUAAAAAUCUACAGGUUUUUUUUGGGUUUUGUUUACAGUGCAUAUGAAAUUGUUAAUAAUCCAAUAUAUUAUUUAUACAUUUUUCUUCGUACAAGUGGGCCCCCGGGGGCUGCCAUGUGGCCCUCCAAUAAAAAAGCACUUUGACAGGA